UAAAUAUUUUCAAUCUAAUUUUUUAAUAGUAAACAUUAAUAUUUAUUGCUAUGGUUAUAACUAUUGAUUGCUGGAUGCAAUAUGCCUCGGAUUUUAACCACGAAAGAAAAUGUAUGCAAGAGGAAGUUUGAUUUGUCACAGUAAUUCUUAUCCAUUUAAAGAAAGAAAUUUAUUUUUUGAAAAACCUAUUAAAAUUGGACGUUCAGUUGCUAGAGCUAGAGCUGCUACUAAUAAUGCAAUAUUUGAUUGUAAAGUUUUGUCUAGAAAUCAUGCAAUUAUAUGGUAUGACUCUGGUAAAUUUUAUUUAAAAGAUACCAAGAGCAGUAAUGGCACUUUCAUUAAUAAUAGGCGUCUCAGUCCAUCUGGAGAAGAAUCAGCAACACACGAUGUGUAUUCUGGUGAUGUUGUACAAUUUGGUGUAGAUGUGGUUGAAAAUAAUCCAAAAGCAAAAGUCACGCAUGGAUGUAUAGUAGCAACCUUAAAACUUUAUUUAGCAAGUGGUAAAGAAGCAAAAGAAAAUCAUUCAAAUUCUGAUUCUUACAUAAAUAUUACUUUCGAAGAUUUAUAUAAAUUAAAUCAGUUUAUACAAGAAGCUGGGCGUAGAGAAAGUGCAUUAAGAAUUAAGCUUGAAUACAUGCAAAUAUUAUUAGAACAAACAAAAAUUGCUGCUCUUCAAUCAUGGAAGGCAUUAGUAUUGGAAGAUUGUCUAUUGUCUCGCUUAGAGAUACUUGAGAGUCAAGUGAUAGCAUAUUCUAAAAAUUUUGGAGAGGAUAAAUUAAGAAUCGAAUUAGUAAAUUUAUUGGAAGACAAAGCUUUAUACCAAAAUGCUACUAAAGAAUUAUUGCAAAAAAAAGUACAAGAAAUAAGUAAAAGUAUCGGAAAAGUACAAAUAUUAAAAUGUCGAUUAAGUGAGACUGAAGAUGAAAUGCAAAUUUUACAUAAUAUAAUUAAAGAUAAUCAGAAUGAAUUACAAGAACUUACAAUUAAAUAUAUGAAGGUUAAACAAACUUUACAAGAUACAACUGAUAAAUUAAAUAAUACCAAGCAUGAAUUAAAAGAAGUAUUACAACAAGCAGAAAAGGAUAAGCAAGAAUUUUUUAAAUCACUUGAAGAUCAAAAAAAUAUUGAAAGGAACUUAAAAUUCAAUAUAAAAGAAUUAAUAUCAAAUAAAAUUAAUAUUCAAAAACAGAUAACUGCAUUAAGAAAUUACAUGCAAAUUGUACAGAACAUAAAAAAUGAAAAUAGCAUGUAUCUAGAAAAAGAUUUUUUAAACCCUGCUAAUAUUAUUGAUAAUAUUUUAAGCAAAUGGAAAUAUCUCUUUUUAGAUGCUGUGAAUUAUGAAAUUUUAGUUGAUAACUUUGAACAAGGAAAUCAACUUAAUUCUAUUGACAAUUAUUCAAAAUUCAGUAAAGCGUUCUGUAUUAAUGAUAAUUUAACAAGGAGCUGUCAUUCCACGACUACUACAUUGGAAUAUAAUAAUUGCAAAUUUAUAUUACCACUUGCAUCUAGUAAUACUUUAUUAAAAUCAAAGACUAUUUUAGACUCAAAGGAUUUAAUAGAUGGAUCUAAAUCUAAAUCUAGUUUAUCAGAUAUUGACAAUUCUCUUAUUUUGGAUUAUGACAAUACGAUUGAAAUUAAAAAAUUAUAUGAAAAUGCUUUAAUAUCUAACAUUGAUGAGAAUAUUAGUGAUAAUGAGAAUGAUAAUAUUGCUUCUAUUCAAUUAAUAUUGAAAUUUCAAAAAAAAAAUACUAUUAUUGAAAUAAAAAAUAAAUUAUUGCCAAAACAAACAAAAUUAACACUUCAACAAGUUCUUUUACUUGACAGUUUUACAACUAAUAUUUUGAAACCAUUAAUUGUAAACAAUUUAAUAGUUAGUAAAAAUUCUCAAGAUUUUAUAGUACAAAAUAUAAUGCAUUUAUCAAAUUCUUUAAAAGUAAGUAAUGAUAAUGUAAAUUAUAUUAUUCUACAAGAGUUACAAGAUUUAAAAAACUGGCUUACUUAUGAACCCAAUAUUAUAAUCUUUGAUAAGUUAAAAAAGUAUCAAGUUAUAAAUGAUAAUCUACAAGUACAAGAGUUAAGUGAACAAUUAGUAAUACUUAAAGAAAAAUAUAAUGCAACUAUUGAUGAAAAAGCUAAUAUAGUUAGAAAGUAUAUAAAUCUUAAAACUCAAUGUAAAGAUUUCAUAAAUACUACUUAUAUGGUGCCUAUAUACUAUGUUGUACCAAUUAUCUUUGCAUUAAUUUGUAUGAUACUAGAGAAAAUAUUGUAAUAACAAAUUUGUUAUUUA